AUGUUGCCACGUUCAAAACCGCCGGCCACGGGGAGCGUGGCGGACACGCGCAGCCCGCGAGCAGCCGCUCGUCCCGCCCCUUCUUCUUCGCAGCCAAUCGGUGCAGAGAAAAGUCACGCCCCGUGUCCCGGAGUGCUCCGCCAUUGGCUGGAAGCUGCGAGCGGGAGGGGAGGGGGCGUGCGCUCUUGGCUGCGGUGGCUGCCGGCGCUCCCGCACGCAGCGCUCGGUCGGCGGUGGCUCCUGACUCAUUCCCGGUGUAGCCCCGCCCCGCGUUACCUGACAGGAGGCGCCAUGGCCUCCCGCAAAGGCUCCAAGGGCACCGGCGGAGCUCCAGGCCCCGGCUCUAAGCGAGAGAGUAAGCAUGGAGGAAACAAGAAUGGAAAGAAAGAAGGCCUGUCUGGAAGCUCGUUUUUCACCUGGUUUAUGGUAAUUGCUUUGCUGGGAGUUUGGACAUCAGUAGCAGUGGUCUGGUUUGAACUUGUAGAUUAUGAAGAAGUCCUAGGCAAACUUGGAAUAUAUGAUGCUGAUGGAGAUGGAGAUUUUGAUGUGGAAGAUGCUAAAGUAUUGCUAGGCCUAAAAGAAAGAUCUGUCCCAGAACAGCCAGCAUCACCAGUAUCUGAGGAGGCCAUUCAGCCUGCUGAGCAGUCAUUCGUCAAAUCAGAGCACAAGGAUGUUGAUGUAGAAUUGGAAGAGGAAAUUCAACCUGUUCUUCAUGACGCUCUCCAUUCCCAGCCUGGAGAGCGACAUGAAGAUGUAGAUGAAAGCGUAACUGACCAAUGGCAAGAGAAGGAAGAAAUACAUGCGGAAACGUUUGAAGCUCCAGCAACAGAUGAUGUGCUGAGAGAAUUAGAGAAUGAAGUGACAGAGGAUUAUGAGAUACCAGACUCAUUUCAGAAAGAUGCUGAUUUUGUAGAAGACGGUCCUGGAGCAACAGAACCUGAGUCACAUGAAGUUCCAGGUGACACCGAGCUAACAUUAGAAGAUGCUGUUGAACACUACACAGAGGACAGUGUGCAUGGUGUUUAUGAUGAACAUGAACCAGAACAUGAGACGGAGACUGAGACUCAAGAUACAGCUGUUGAAGACCUUCCUGAGGAAGUACACGAAGCCACAGAACCAGUUAGAGAUGAAAUUGUUGAAGAUUUAGAAAUUGAGAAAAAACUAUCAGUGGGAAGUAAGCAUACAGAAGAAGAGAAUGUAGUCACUGGACCAGAGGAAUCAGAAAUCCCUGUUCAAACUGAGGAUUAUUCAAAUGAUAAUCUAGUGGGAAAAGGGGAAACUGAGAUUGAGCAAGACAAAAUGGAAAAAGUCAAAAAGAAGAAGAAGCCAAAGCUCUUAAACAAGUUUGAUAAAACCAUUAAAGCUGAAUUAGACGCUGCAGAAAAAUUACGUAAGAAAGGAAAAGUUGAAGAAGCUCUAAGAGCCUUUGAAACACUGGUGAAUCAAUAUCCAGAAAGUCCACGAGCAAGAUAUGGAAAAGCACAGUCUGAAGAUGACUUAGCUGAGAAAAUGAGAAGCAACGAGAUGCUGCAAAAAGCCAUCAAUACCUAUGAGGAGGUGGUUAGUCUGCCAAAUGUCCCUUCAGAUCUGAUAAAACUGAGCUUGAAACGAGAAGCUGACAGGCAGCAGUUCCUUGGUCGCAUGAGAAGUUCCCUGAUCACUCUACAGAAAUUAGUUCACCUGUUUCCCAGUGAUACGUCAUUCAAGAAUGACCUUGGCGUCGGUUACCUCUUGAUAGGAGAUAAUAGCAACGCCAAGCAAGUGUAUGAAGAGGUUCUACGCCUGGCUCCAGAUGAUGGUUUUGCCAAAGUACAUUAUGGCUUCAUCCUGAAGGCUGAAAACAAGAUAGCAGAGAGCAUACCUUAUUUAAAGGAAGGACUAGAGUCUGGUGACCCUGGCACAGAUGAUGGACGAUUUUACUUUCAUUUGGGUGACGCCUUGCAGAGAAUAGGAGACAAAGAGGCGUAUAAGUGGUAUGAACUUGGAUACCAAAGAGGUCACUUUGCAUCAGUCUGGCAGCGCUCUCUCUACAAUGUCAAGGGACUGAAAGCUCAGCCGUGGUGGACAGCAAGGGAAACAGGUUAUACAGAACUGGUAAAGUCCUUAGAAAAAAACUGGAAGCUCAUUCGAGAUGAGGGUCUUGAUGUGAUGGAUAAAAAAAGAAGCCUCUUCUUGCCUGAAGAUGAGAAUCUACGAGAAAAAGGAGACUGGAGUCAGUUUACUUUAUGGCAACAAGGAAGAAAAAAUGAGAAUGCUUGUAAAGGUGUUCCAAAAACGUGUGCUUUAUUGGAAAGAUUCCCAGAAGCUACGGGCUGCCGAAGAGGACAGAUCAAAUAUUCUGUCAUGCUUCCAGGAACUCAUGUCUGGCCCCACACAGGACCCACCAAUUGUCGGCUAAGGAUGCAUUUGGGCUUAGUCAUACCUAAAGAAGGCUGCAGGAUUCGAUGUGCCCAGGAAAACAGAACCUGGGAAGAAGGGAAAGUUCUCAUUUUUGACGACUCUUUUGAGCACGAAGUGUGGCAGGAUGCUGCAAGUUAUCGUCUGAUAUUCAUUGUUGAUGUGUGGCAUCCUGAAUUAACAGCACAACAGAGGCGAACCCUUCCUGCUAUUUAAGGGAUUAUAUCUGGAGUGAAGAUCCAGAGGAGCUUUAACCUGUCAGAAUAUGCAAAUAGAAACAUGCAGGAUUAAUUUAUACAGCAUAUGAAGAAUGCUAGUAUUGUAAGGGUUAUAAGAGAUAAUAAUGACAUUUCUGCAAUUACAGAGGACUUGAGUUUAAAAAAAAAAAAAAAAAAAAACAGAAAAAAAAAAGCAAAAAAAAAAAAAAGCCAUGUUUGUUACAUACUGAUAUAGCACUGAUAUAUAUUGUUUUUUUCUGGCUGCAAGUCUGAGAAUACAAAUCUUGUCAGUCAAGGAGCAAUAUAGGUCUGAAUUUUCAAGCUGAGGAAUGUGUUUUUACCAUGCCUGUAGGAUGCGUUCAAAAACAGUCAUCUACCUGUCUGGCCAUGUUCAGGCACAAGAUUUGCAAUAAUACAUCUGGGAAAUACCUCCCAGGCUUCUUCUAGGAAGCAGCAGGUGUGGUAUUUAUAGACACAUGCAUCCAUUCAACUUUGAUAAUCAUUGUGCAGUUGUAAUGUUAACUGCUUUAGGUAUAAGACACGUCCCUAUGUUAUCAACUGUAGAUAAUGUGAAUGGGUCGCGUGUUUUGUUGUUUUUCUACCUGAGUAACUAUUUUUCUAGCAUAAUUAUGAACAGAUCUUCUUCAAUCAACCACUAUUUUUAAAAGUAAUGUAUAUACAAAGUGCAUCUCUAGUGAUAAGCAUAUGCUGUACAUUGUGCUGUGGCACAACAAAAGUAGUAUAUGAACAGAUUUCAUUUUGCCAACUGCGGCCUUCUGUUGCCUUCCUGGAAAUGCAAACAGAAAUUUGCAUAAUCUGCUUCUUAGGAGAGUGUUGUCCUUCUAAAAGAAAAUCGUUCUCUUAGCAGGUAAACUUCAGUUUUGCUAUGUGACUUUGGAAGAUGUUGAACGAAUAUGACUUCUGUAGGCUUGUCUCUUACAGUGUUCUUCAGUUCUUAAGAUUGUAUGGUGAGCUGCAUAAGGACAAGGUCCUUCCAGGUUUCCUGCUAGAAUUCGAAGCAAACAGCUUCAGGUUAUUAACUUGAAUUAUCUUUUGCUCCAGCAUCCUACACAGCACUAGAAUGGUUCUUUAGUUGACCUAAUGGUGCUUUCCUUUUCUCGAAAUGUAUGAUGGAAUCCUGAAGCAGUCUUAUCACAGUGUAAUUUACAGCGUACUCUGUAUUUGCUACCCAGAGUUUACUGUAUGUUAAAAAAGCCUUAUUUUUAAUAGAGAAAUCCUGGAUGUUUAAGCAGUUGGCUGAUCUUUUGGUUCCUCACUGUCUGAUGGGAGAUGGAAGGUGCAGAAACCUCCACUGUUAACUUCUAAGAACACUAACAAAAUAAACCAGAAUUUGCACAGAUAAUGUUUGAAAUCAGUUGUUACCUAUUCUCCCGCAAAGCCAGCAGGUAGUGGAUAGGUAUAUUAAGGAUGCUCGGGUCUUCUCAAGCUCAUCAGGAGCAGUGGCAUCACUAGUGAGGGUUGUGAGAGACAGGUACUAAGCAAGGAGACAUUAGGGUUAUUGAGUCUUCACAGCUUUGGCCUCCUUGUUUAAAGGACACUGAACAGUUGUUUUAUUUGCUUAAUGUUCCAUGAUUUUGUACUUCAGAGACUACAUCAUGGUACCUAAGUUUUGUAGCUAUAAACAGCACGUGCUGCACAAUCAGAAUGCCGUAUUUGCUAGGCAAAAUAUAGGCAGCAGCCUUGCAUUCCCAUAAACUGAAUGCUUUUCAAACUUUGUGUUUUAUUAAGUAAUCUUGUAGUGCCAUGUAACACACAACGAUUAAAUCAUAAGCUGUUGUAACCCAUUUCUGGAGGUGUGCACUUUAAUUUCCUUCCUGGCUAUUAAAAAAUAGAUAGAACACACACUGAUAAACCCUCUCUGAUCAAGAGUCCGUUUUAGGUAGCAGUGGUAAUUAGACUUUAAUGUGUUGUCUGUAUCAUCAAUAACACAGAGUACCAUCUGCUGUAAGGUGACAGUUCUCUGUGAGUAAUCAUGGAAACUGAGAAGGAUUUGUAAGUUUCACACUUUAGAAAAUAUAAACAUAUUUUUGGAGGCUUUGCGAGAAUUAUGUAUAAAACUGAAAAGAAUGUACUUUUUAUAUUAAGGAUUCAUAGUACAAUAAGAAAAGGUAGUUGCUGAGUCAGGCUGUGCUUUGUAUCUCCAUACGCUUAUCGAGCAGUACAAAUUAUAAACUAUUUUGCUAUUCUGUAAAAUAAAGGCAUAGUUUGUAAUGAAGUAAUCGAGAACUGUUUAAACCAAAAUUAGUGUCUUAGGAGUGCUUUUAUUAAUAUUGCAUUUUAGUUUGUAUAGCACAGAGUGAACACUAAAGGAGUGGGAAAAACUUUGGAGCUUUAUUUAUAAGAUAUCUUACUGUCCUGAUUGUUCCUUUGAAGUCACAUGCUUUAUAUAAACAGAUGGCAAUGGGCAAAUAGAUCAAAGUUAUCUACCCAGAAUGUGUGUGUGCCUGAGUGGCACUGUUGAUUAAACUGUGUAGUGACAUACUGACCGUUUGAUAUCUUAAGUGCCUUGAAUGUGACAAGGUUUCUUGUGAGUAGCUGCUGCAGCACUGAAGUGAUUCUGCUCUCUGCCUACCUGUCAAGGAGUAUCUUGAUCUGAGAGCAUCUCUUUCUGUUAGAUUCAUAUAUUGGAUUCGAUACAUAAAUGGUGAGUAUAUAUAUAGCAAAAUGCAGAAAUUAGGCAGUGAAUAAGUAGUAUGUUAUUUUAGUUACUCUUCUUUGCCAUCCAGUAUGUCAUGUUGAAAAAGCUUUUUACACAUUGGAAAUACCAAUGGAUGAAGUGAAUGGAAAUGCUUUUCAGAUUGAGCUCUAUUGCAGUUUAAGUGUUUCAUUCCUUAUCUGUGUUUACAGAGGGAAAUUGCAGCACAGGGCAUUUGUAAGGUAGUAAGUACAUACUUGAAUGAGCAGUAGUGGGCCAUCACAAAGAUUCAGUGGCAGUGGAGAUAAGUGUAUGAACAGAGAAAAAUUGCAAACCAAAGUAUUUCUUCACUAAUGCUGCAGUGUAGUAGGCCACGUCUGCCUUGUUUUGUUUUGUUUUGUUUUUUAAUGUAUGUUUAAUUUACAUUAUGCUUUAAGCAAAUUUGCUGUGACCAAUACAAAUGUCUGAGAGUCUUCAUGAUCCUUGUGGGAGAGGGGGAGCUGUGUCUAGUCACAGCUUUCUGUAGCAGGUUAUAAUGCCAUAGGGGAGAAGAAUUUAAAAAAAAAAACAACCAAAGGUAAAUGGGCUUGGACAUUUGUUUAAUGUCCCUGCAAGCCCCAGAGUGUUUCCUGCCUUUUCUGACUGCUAUGUUGCUUUGCUGGGAACAUUCACUGCCUUAAAGUAUCUCUACUGUGGAGGCCAGGCCUUGCCCCAGAAACACGCUGCUGCAGAGGAAGCUUACUGUGAAUGAGACUGUCCUGUAUACAUACAAGUGGGUACAACCCAGUUGUGUUACUGGGAUCUGUAGUGUGUCCUUUCUGCCUUGUGCAAGCACAACAGGCUGUGAAUGAAGGCAGUGUUUUGUUACUCCAUUUAUUAGGGAUGACCAUGUCCAGCUGACCUAGGCCACCACUUUCGGAGCGUUGCUUAUGAAUCUGGUGGAUGUUCCAGAGCUGUAAGAAAAACUCUUGUGCAACCUGUGAGUUAUCAUCUCAUUUUAUACAUAUAUGGUUUACGCGGUUAUCUUUGAUACGUUGGUGCCAACUACAUGUUCUAGUAAUUGUCAAUGCAUGGCAAUUAAAUUGAAGACAAAAAGCAUGUAUGGUGGUUGUAACUGUUUUAGGAAAUAAAGUCACUGCUCAUGCAAUCUGA